GUCAUUUGCAGCAGCAAAAAAAAAAAUGUGGUCACUCGCAAAGAUUAAUUUGAGGAAAAUCUCCCGGCCGCUUGGCCGUUACCAGCACACCAUCCCCAAGGACCUACAACAGAUCGCCAAGGAGAAGGAUCCCAUUUUUUCCAAAAUGAUACAGUAUUAUUUCCACAAGGCAUGCGUCAAGCUGGAACCACGGCUGAUCGAGUAUCUGAAGAAGCAUCCCCUGAUGAGCGACGAGGACCGGAAGGCACGCGUUAAAACUAUCAUUCAACUCAUUGACACGCCGGCAAAUACGCUCGAGUUCCGUAUCCCGCUGUUCCGAGACUGUGGGCAGUACGAGAUUAUGACGGGAUAUCGGUCGCAUCAUUCACUGCAUAGGCUCCCGGUUAAGGGUGGUAUUCGGUACUCGAUGGAUGUGAACAGGGACGAGGUUAGCGCUUUGGCAGCGCUGAUGACGUUCAAGUGCGCUUGCGUUCAUGUUCCCUUCGGUGGGGCCAAAGGUGGAAUCAGGAUCGACCCGAGCAAAUACAGCAGCAAAGAGCUGCAGAACAUCACCAGAAGAUACACAACCGAAUUGGCGAAGAAGAAUUUCAUCGGGCCGGGAAUUGACGUUCCAGCGCCGGAUAUGGGGACCGGUAACAGGGAGAUGUCAUGGAUAGCCGAUCAGUACAGCAAGACGAUUGGUCACAAAGACAUUAACGCUUUGGCCGUGGUUACCGGCAAACCUUUGCAUCAAGGAGGAAUUCGAGGCCGCGUAGAAGCCACCGGAAGGGGAGUUUUCAUCGCGACUAAUUGUUUCGCCAGAGAAAAGGAAUGGAUGGCUGCCAUCGAACUGGAGCCCGGUCUGAAGGGAAAAACUGUUAUCAUACAAGGAUUUGGAAACGUUGGAAUGUAUGCAGCUCACUACUUUUCACAGGCUGAGUGUAAGAUUAUAGGUAUCAAGGAAAUCAACGUUUCGCUAUUGAACGAGGAUGGAAUUGACAUAGGAGAGCUUCUACAAUACACGCGUCUCAAUAAAAGCAUCAAAGGGUUCAAAGGCGCUAAGGAAGUGAGCGAGGAUUUGUUGCAUCACAAGUGCGACAUUUUGAUUCCAGCGGCAAUCGAGAAAUCGAUCAAUUCGGAAAAUGCAGGCAAAAUCCAAGCCAAAAUAAUUGCGGAAGGGGCAAAUGGACCGACAACACCAGCUGCUGAUACGAUCCUCCAGAGUCGUAAAAUUCUCAUUAUCCCGGACCUGUACUGUAACGCCGGAGGCGUCACGGCUUCCUAUUUUGAGUACCUGAAGAACAUCAACCACAUCUCAUUUGGGAAGCUCUCGUUCCGCCAGGAAUCGGAAAAUCUCCGCGAGGUGCUGAAAUCGGUGCAGAGUUCGCUGAGGGAUGCCGGAGUCUGUGCGGAGGUAAAUCCAACCGACGCGUUGAAACACUAUCUGGAUAAUGCAAGUGAGGCGGAUGUUGUGGCUUCCGGGCUCAAGUAUGUGCUCGAAUCAGCCGGCAAUGGGAUAAUGACCGUUGCCAAUCAGUACCAGCUGUGUUUGGAUUUGAGAACCGCCGCCUAUAUCUGGUCGGUUGAGAAGAUCUUCAAGACGUAUGAAGGGGCAGGGUUGGCUAUGCACCAUAAGGGUAUGCUCCAGGGUGUUCGGUUGGGUAGUAUCCGGGAUAAGGUGAUCCUCUUGGAUAGUAGUCUGGAUAACAGGGUUGGUUUGGGUAGUUUGGAUAGCUUGCAUCAGUUGGACCAACACGACCAUUCGGAAAGGGUAUCACGGGGUAGGGCGACCGAACCACGUUCGGGCAUGAGUACAUUCGAUUAA